ACUUUCAUUUCAUCAAUGAUUCCUUCAUAGGAGGCAAUUGAAUUGAUUUCAACAUUUGCAUUGCCUUGGAGACGAAGAUAAUGGAUCAGUCACCAUUCACCACUCCAAGAGGGUCUAUCUCAUCAAGCGUAGGAGACCCUUUAGAAUUGGAGGUCAAUCUCACACUCAGCGAAAAGCUCAAGGUUUUCAAAAGCUCCACCUUUGAUCCCAAUGCCUAUGUCGCCUCCAAAUCCCGCAGCAUGAACGAGAAGGAGAUAAGACACUUGUGUGCUUAUCUUGUUGACCUGAAGAAGGCAUCUGCAGAAGAAAUGCGCAAAAGUGUUCUUGCUAAUUACUCUGCCUUCAUACGUACAUCCAAAGAGAUUUCAGAUCUUGAGGGGGAGCUUCUUUCCAUGAGAAAUCUUCUAUCCACUCAGGCUGCUUUGGUUCAUGGUGUAGCAGACGGGUGUCAGCUUAGUUCCUUGAUGACUGGAAACGAAGAUUCAGACAUGGACAAUAUACUAAAUGAGAAAACAGAUAUAUCCAAGACAGAAAAAUGGCUAAUAGGAUAUCUAGAAACCCUUGAAGUUCUAUUAGCAGAGAAAAGAGUGGAUGAAGCAAUGGCUGCCUUGGACGAAGGAGAAAAAAUGGCGCAAGAAAUUAGUGAAGGGAGGACAACCUUGAGUCCAAGUUUAUUCAAGGCAUUGCAAGAUGCCAUCACUGAACACAGACAAAAAUUAGCUGGUCAGCUAGCAGAAACUCUCAGCCAGGCAUCAACGCGAAGCGCAGAAAUUCGCUCAACGGCAUUAGCAUUGAAAAUUCUCGGGGACGGUCCCCGUGCUCAUACAUUACUACUUAACUCUCACAAAGAAAAGUUGCAGCGUGGAAUGCAGAGUAUUCACUCCACCAGUUACGGCGGAGUUGGGGCAUACACUUCUGCCCUUUCACAGCUUGUUUUUUCAACCAUUUCACAAGCAGCAUCAGAUUCUUUGACAGUGUUUGCCGAAGAAGAACCUGCAUAUACUUCUGAGCUAGUAAGCUGGGCAGUUACACAAUCUGAGCAUUUUGCUCUUCUCCUUAAGAAACGUAUACUCGCAUCAACAGCUGCCGCAGGAGGUUUGAGAAUCGCGUCUGAAUGUGUUCAUGUUUGCUUGAAUCACUGCCAUCUGUUAGAGGCCAGUGGGAUGGCCCUUUCCCCUGUCUUACUAAAACAUUUUAAACCCUUUGUUGAGCAAGCACUGAACACAAAUUUGAAAAGAAUUGAACAAAGUAGUGCUGCACUGGCUGCUGCAGAUGAUUGGUUGCUUGCUUUUGCACCAACCAGCAGGAGUUCAGGCCUACCUCCAACCUCUUCCUAUAGUAACUUAAGUUCAUUCCAGCCAAAGCUUUCAAGCAGCGCUCACAAAUUCAACACAAUGGUGCAGGAGCUUUUCGAAGAUGUAGGACCUCUAGAAAGCCUGCAAUUGGAUGGUCUUGCAUUAGAAGGCCUUCUACAAGUAUUUGGCUUCUAUGUCAAUCUGUUAAUAGAUGCAUUGCCAGCUUCAAUUGUAACUGAGAACCUGGAAGGCUCAGGGCACAAAAUCGUUAAGAUUGCUGAGACUGAAGAACAGCAGAUAGCAUUGCUGGCUAAUGCAAUAUUGCUAGCUGAUGAGCUGCUCCCGCGAGCUGUUGUCAAGCUUUCGCAUAGCACCAGGGGUGAUGAGUCUCAGAGAAGGGGGCCAGACAAACAAAGGCCUCCAGAACAGCGUGAGCUGAAGAAAAGGCUACAGCGCGAAGUUGAUCGUCUGAGAGACAGUUUCUGCAGGCAACAUGCUCUUGAACUCAUCUUCACAGAAGAAGGGGACGCACUUCUGAAUGCACUAAUGUAUUUGAGUAUGGAUGAUGGGAAAGUGGAGCAACCUGAAUGGUUUCCUUCUCCAAUUUUUCAGGAGCUUUUUGGAAAGCUUACACGAGUGGCAUACAUUGCAACUGAUGUGUUUGUGGGAAGGGAUAGGUUUGCCACUGUUUUAUUGAUGAGACUCGCGGAAACAGUGGUCCUGUGGCUUUCAGAGGACCAAGCCUUUUGGGAAGAGAUUGAGACAGGCCCAACGCCUUUGGGUCCCCUUGGCCUUCAACAGCUUUAUUUGGACAUGCAAUUUGUGAUGAUAUUUUCAUCCCAAGGCCGUUACCUAUCUCGUCAUCUGCAUCAAGCUAUUAAAAACAUCAUUGGUAGAGCUAUUGAUGCUGUUGCUGCUACAGGGCUAGAUCCCAACAGUGUCUUGCCAGAGGAUGAGUGGUUUGUAGAAGUUUCCGAAAUAGCUAUAAAGAUGUUAACUGGGAAAGCCGCCUUUGACAAUGUAGAGGGAGAUGAUAAUAGCCCCACCGCACUCGGCUAAUUAUAAUUAAUGUCAUCAGGUCACUUUCAGGGAAGGGAUUACAUUCAUUCACAUGUCAGUCUUGACAUAUUAUAGAGAGCAGAAGGGAAAGAUGAAGUUGAAGAGAAACAAAUAUAUAUUUGUCAUCUACCCUGCUUCUUGAUCAAUCAACUGACUCUGAUAAGUGGUGCUUGUUAUCUGGGCAGAAGGAAUGUGUUUCAUUUCAAGCUUUUGACGACGAAUUACAUUAAAAUUAGUGUAAUUCAUUACUAGAUAUCAUUCCCAUGCUGCACAUUGCAGGUAUCCUAAAGGACACAGGACAUCAUGAUCUAACAUUAGUCCCACGGUACUAUCUGUUGAAACUUGGUUCCCAUUUGAAGCCUAGGAUAAUUCAGACCACAAGAAUUUCUAGAACUAUAAAAUAAUGCCAGGUGCUUCAGGUUUUGGAUUCAUUGUAGCUACUUGUAUAUUACAUUUUAAGCUGUAACCAUAGCCAAUUGAUUAAUUUAACAUUACUUUUAUCUUAAUUAAUGUUUAAUUUAUUUGGUUGCUUUUGAGUA